AGCGACUUCCAGAGGCGUGACGACACUUGCGGUCCUCUCCAUCCCGGUCUUUAUAAGUGCUCGACACCGGCAACGGCGACGAGUCAUACUAGCAAAUUCUUCCGAUUUGUUCGUCCAUUCGUUUACAUCUCUGCAUUCAGCAGUAGUAGCAGAACAUUACCUCAUAACAGCCAUGUCGAUCGUGAGGCGGAGCAACAUCUUCAACCCCUUCUCCCUCGACGUCUGGGACCCUUUCCAGGGUUUCCCCUUUGAUUCCUUCCGUUCACUCUCAGAGACGCGCCCCAGCUUCGUGAGCGACGCAUCCGCCUUCGCUAACACACGCAUCGACUGGAAGGAGACGCCUGAGGCUCACAUCUUCAAGGCCGACCUGCCGGGGGCGAAGAAGGAGGAGGUGAAGGUGGAGGUGGAGGAAGGCAGGGUUCUCCAGAUCAGCGGCGAGCGGAGCAAGGAGAAGGAGGAGAAGAGCGACAAGUGGCAUCGCGUGGAGCGGAGCAGCGGCAAGUUCCUGAGGAGAUUCAGGUUGCCAGAGAAUGCCAAGGUGGAUCAGGUGAAGGCGUCCAUGGAGAACGGUGUCCUGACCGUGACGAUGCCCAAGGAGGAGGCGCAGAAGAAGCCGGAGAUGAAGUCCAUCGAGAUCUCGGGCUGAGCUCGUAAUGGAACACACAACCUCUGUUUUCAGUCAAUCUAUGUACUGUGUGAUCGGAAAAAUAAGCAUGCUGUCUGCUCUUUGGUUUGUGUCUUUGUAGUCUGUCGUCGAUCGUCUUGUGUUCAGUCUUCUUGAAAUCGAAGCGUUAAGUUGGUAUGUCAA